CUGACAACCAGCCGUCUGGUUUCCUAGGAAACAAAAUCUUGGCUAGAAAUAGUGAAUCAUUUCCAGGUCACUUUCAACAUGGAGAGUGGAGCAGGGAAGCAUUGGACUGAGGAGGAGGUUAAAGCCUUGUUAAGCGUCUGGUCAGAAAAAAAUAUCAGAAAGCAACUCCACGGCACCCUGAGGAAUAAAGGAAUAUUUAUCUACAUUGCUAAAAGGUUGCAGGAGUUAGGAGUUUGCAGGGAUUGGAAACAGUGCCGUGCAAAGUAUAAAAAUCUGAAGUAUGAAUACAGAACGGUUAAAUAUGCCCACAACUCUGGGGAUGUCACUAAAACCAUGAAGUUUUUCCAUGAUCUGGAUGCCAUAUUGCGAUAUGAACCUGUCACACAAUUAACAGCAGAAGAAAACGGCAGGUGUUCUGCGACUGAGACGCAGCUGAACACAAGCCCCACAACAGAGAGCACGCAAGGUGAAAUAUCAGUUUCUUUAGAAGAUGAUGAGGAUGCUCCAGGAGAUCCACUACUUUUUAUGUCACAUGUCAGACCAGUUCAACUAGGUAAUCCAACGUCAGCAAUAGAGGCUUCCAAAACACCGGCUUUUAUUCCAACAGUAGCAAAUGAAGGAGGAAAACACUGGACUGUUAAUGAAGUCAGAGCUUUGAUACGCAUAUGGUCAGACAAAAAUAUCCAGCAACAACUGGAGGGGACAGUGAGAAAUAAAAGAAUAUUUGAACAGGUUGCUGCUAGACUUCAAAAGUUCGGAAUUGACAGGGACUGGAAGCAGUGCAGGACAAAAUACAAAAAUCUGAAACAUGAAUACAAGAGUGUAAAAAGUGCCCAAGACUCAGGGAGUACAAGUAAAAGUAUGAAAUUUUUUAAUGAACUGGAUGCUAUUCUGGGGCACAGCACCAUGGAACAAGCAAGUAAAUCAGAUAAUGAUGAAAGUGAGAGGCCUCCAGAAUGGACAGAAGCAAAAUCAGAAAAGGACUCCAUAGAAAUGCCUGGAGACACAGGUGAAGAGGACUCUGUUAGUAAUAUGUCAGAAGACCUACGGGUUGCAGAUAUACAGAAAGUUUCUGACUCAGAUGAUGUUACUGUAAAUACUACUCCAGAGAAUCUGGCAGCUCUGCAUGUAACGAAAGAAACAGCUAUGACAAAAAUCAUUGAAGAUGAGGGGGACUUUGCCAACUCCGUCCCGGCAGCUCUGGCAGCUACACAAAUAAAGAAGGAGACGAUUGACAUAGAUGAUGAUUCUAUAAGCACUACCUCAGAAGACAGAUCUUGUACACCAGUAGCAAAACGGAUGGUUGGGACAGACAAUCACAUUCCCUUGGAAGAAGCACAAAAUCACUUUAAAGUUAUUACAGUUAAUGAUACUGGAGCAGGAAAACACUGGAGUGAUAAUGAAGUCAGAGCUCUGAUAAACAUAUGGUCAGAUGAAAAGAUACAACAAAUGCUUGAAGGGGCCACAAGAAAUAAAGAAAUAUUUGAGGAAAUUGCCAGAAGGUUAAUGAAACGUGGUAUAGACAGAGACUGGAAACAAUGUCGCACAAAAUACAAGAACCUAAAAUAUGAAUACCGUGCACUGCAGAAGGAAAACGAGCAUCUUGGUAAUCCCAGGAGAAAAAUGAGAUUUUACGAUGAAGUUGACUGCAUCUUAAGAAGACAGCCUCUGGGUCCCUCGAGCUGGGGAUGUGAAACUUCAAGUCUCCUAUCAGUUUCAGUGGGAGAUGUUACAGCAAACACAGGAUCCUUGAGUAUCAAGAGAAAAACUUGGAAUGAUGAGGUGUCACCUGUUCCACUUAAGAAAAGUGCUUCUGAAAACACCAUACUCCACUUCCAAAAACUAUUAACAGAGAGAGUGCACACAGUAACAGAAGGCAAAAGGUUACUGUUAGAAAGGCUUUGUAAGCAGGAAGAAAUGCAAGACCUCAGCAGAACACAGCUGUAUGCUGAUCCAUCAGCCAUACAACAGGUUGGUUUAAUGAACUUUCUACGAAAUUAGCAUGCAAAGAGAUUCUCUCAGAUAGCAAGAAAUUAAAUAGACUUAUUUAUCCGUGUAGGUCACCCACAUUUGUACAUGCUUGCUCCCCUUUAAUAUAUUCACCUUCAGUCAUUUAAACUAAAACAAGGUAUGAGUUCCCAUCAUAAUCCUUAACUAUGAGCUUUUAGCAGUGACGUCAGUUAGUCUAAUAAAAGAUAUAAC